AUGAUGAAGUAUAAGAUUCCUGGAUGGACUCUGGUUUCCCGCCAUACUUGUAAAAAAGAUUGUAUGAAGGUAUAUGAAAGUGAGAAGGCCAAAUUGAAGACUUUGUUCAAGAGUGUGACAAAAAUCAGUUUGACUACAGACUUAUGGAAUUCAGGGAAUCAAAAGAUGGAGUAUAUAGUGUUAACCGAGAAUUGGAUAGAUAGUACUUGGAGGCUGAAUAGACGUAUCCUCAACUUUGUUCGUCUACCUCCUCCCCGGACUAGUAUUGCGAUUGCGGAUGGCAUUUUCAACUGCCUAAUGGGAUGGGAAAUUGAAAAUAAGGUAUAUACUAUUUAUGUGGAUAAUGCUUCAAGUAAUGAUGUUGCGAUUAAGGUUUUGAAGGAAAAUUUUGAAGUUUCGGGGAAACUCCUUCGUGGAGAUGGACUUUAUCAAAUUAGGCACAUCAUUGAUGACAUCCAUGAGAGUGUGUUGAAUAUCAACAGUUUAGAAAGUAGGCUUAAGUUCGAAAAAGUUUUUCCAAGAUUGAAAGAGAGGGAUAUCAAUUAUCAUAAUAAUCCGAGUGAUGAGGAUUGGGAGAAAGAGGAGAAAGUCUGCGAAAUUUUAAAAGUAUUCAGUGGUUCAACCAAACUCAUUCUAGGAAGUGAUUAUCCGACAUCUAAUUUAUUCUUGAAGGAGGUGUGUGUAGUGAAACGUAUGUUGGAUAGUAAAAGUGAAUCUAAAGAUGAUUUUGUUAGAGUAAUGGUUAGGAGAAUGAAAGAGAAGUUUGAUAAAUAUUGGGGGGAAUGUAAUGUGUUGAUGUCUGUGGCUGCUGUAUUGGAUCCUUGGUUGAAAAUGAGGGUCAUUGAAUGGGCAUUCCCUAAGAUGUAUUCUGAGACAAAAGCGCGGGCAAAUAUGAUGACGGUCCGGGAUGCAUUGUAUGAGUUAUAUGGGAAGUAUGUUCAAGCUAAUCAAGGUGUGACUAUCGCCCGUGCUUCUACAUCAGAAGGGGAUGGACAUGGAGCCAUUGGCGAGGGACCCGAGGCCCGGGAUGAUUUUAGCAGUUUUUUGGAUGUGGUUGAAACUGUUGAGCCUAUGGAGAUGUUGUUAUGUGGAUGUGACUGGUGUCGCACUUGGAAUGGAGUGAAGAUAGGGUGCAAAAAAGAAGAGGAUCACUUGGCGAUUCAGCUUCCUGUUCUGUCAGGUGAUUGGAGUCAGCAGAUUGGUUGA